AUGUCAGAUGAAGAUGCACAAGAUAGUUUGGUUUUAGAUGAGCUCUAUCGUUUGAUAUCGAAAUCAAAUGUUGUAGAGUUACGGGGUUGCACACCUAAAUAUCGAUUACCAGAGAGUUUGACAUCGAUAUCGAUAUCGCAUGAAUACGAUGAACCAUUUUCAAUGGCUAAUCUUCCACAGAAUCUAAAGCAAUUGAAAAUUGGCGCGAGCUUCGAUCAACCAAUCGAUGCAGCUUCACUUCCAAAGACACUGAAGACAUUGAGAUUUGGUAAUGUACAAAGUGAUGAAUUGGCAAUAGACUUACUCCCUAGAUCAUUGAAGUCAUUUAACGCUGAAUCAUUACCGCCAAAUCUCGAAGUAUUAGAUUUCAUCAAUCCUUGGAGUGCGCCUGAUACUGGCAAAGUAAAACUACCGAGCUCACUUCGCACUGUAAUCUUCCCACCAUUAGCCUGGCUACCAAGUGUUGUAUCACUUUCCAAUCUGACAUCGUUAAUAGUGGGUCAAGCUACAAGUUUUGAAUAUGGAAUGCUCGAUCUAAGCACGCUACCGGCAUCUCUUACAGAGUUGUGUGUAUUGACACCGAUAAUGUUACAAUCCUCAAUGCCAACUUCAAUUAAGCAACUUAAUAUUAUCAAGACUCGCCAUGAUAUUAAUGAGACAUUCUACGAUCGAUCUAGAUAUCAAAUUGAAAGAAUUGCUGUUGAUGCAAUUAGCAUGGAAUUACUUGAUGGUUUGAAAAUCAAAAAACUAAUUUGUAUAUUUUUCCCUCUAUUCGAUAUACCAGGAGAACGAAGUUAUCUCAGGAAAAUUCCGAUUGGUGUGGAAACUCUUCAAAUUGGAAACUAUUCAAAAACAAUUUCACACAGAUAUCCCAUUCCACCGACCAUAAUAUUUGAUUAUGAAUUCAUGGUGGCUAAAUUUGGUGAGAUACCAAAUACAGUUGAAGAAGUGGUCAUUACGAAUUAUUCUGAUCAACGAAAACCAUUCAAUUUAGAUAGUUUGCCUCCAACAGUGCGUUCAUUGACUAUUCCACUUAAAGCAAUUCAAGUUGGCAAGAAGGGAUUCCCGAAAACAAUUUACAAUCUAUGCAUAGUUACCUUGUCGAUGAACAAAAACAAACUCUUUUUGCGAAAACUUGACGAUGAUCAUUACCUCUUGUUUGGACAAACACAUGAAUUAAAUACUGGUAUAAUCAACAUCAAUAAUAUCGACAAAUUCUUUUCAAAUUUAUUGGAAUGUUUACAAGAUGACAUUUAA